ACAGUUGUUUUCCCAGAAUAUAUUUAGACAGGAUCUGAUGCCCUGGACACAACACCUUGACCCAGCACCAUGGAGCUAGGAGGGGCCUUCACCAUCUUUCUAGCACUCUGCUUGUCUUGUCUGCUCAUCCUCAUUGCCUGGAAAAAGGUCAACAAGGGGGGAAAGCUGCCCCCCGGACCCACACCCAUACCCUUCCUGGGGAACGUGUUACAAGUCCGUACAGAUGCCACCUACCAGUCUUUUAUGAAGCUCAGGGAAAAAUAUGGCCAGGUCUUUACCGUGUACAUGGGUCCCCGGCCAGUAGUUAUUUUAUGUGGACAUGAAGCAGUGAAGGAGGCCCUGGUAGACCGAGCAGAUGAGUUCAGUGGCCGUGGAGAGUUGGCUUCACUAGAGCGAAACUUCCAAGGUUAUGGUGUUGCUCUGGCUAACGGAGAACGAUGGAGGAUUCUUCGACGCUUCUCCCUGACUAUCCUCCGCGACUUUGGGAUGGGAAAGCGGAGCAUUGAGGAGCGGAUCCAGGAGGAGGCUAGCUUCCUACUAGAGGAAUUACGGAUGACCAAAGGCACUCCCAUCGAACCCACUUUCUUUCUGAGCUGCACUGUCUCCAAUGUCAUCAGCUCUGUCGUCUUUGGAAGCCGCUUCGACUACAAGGACAAGCAGUUCCUGAAGCUUCUGAAGAUGAUCAACGAGAGUUUCAUUGAGAUGAGCACGCCCUGGGCACAGCUAUAUGACAUGUAUUCCGGUAUCAUGCAACAUUUGCCAGGAAGACACAAUCGCAUCUAUUACUUGAUAGAAGAGCUCAAGGACUUCAUUGCCUCUCGGGUCAAGACCAAUGAAGCAUCCCUUGACCCACAGAACCCUCGGGACUUUAUUGACUGCUUCCUUAUCAAGAUGCACCAGGAUAAAAAUAACCCCGACACAGAAUUCAACCUCAAGAACUUGGUCCUCACCACUCUCAACCUCUUCUUUGCUGGCACAGAGACUGUGAGCUCCACCCUACGCUAUGGAUUGCUGCUCCUGAUGAAGCAUCCUGAGGUGGAAGCCAAAAUCCAUGAAGAGAUCGACCAGGUGAUAGGACCACACCGGAUCCCAAGUGUGGAUGACCGAGUCAAGAUGCCCUACACAGAUGCCGUGAUCCACGAGAUACAAAGACUGACAGAUAUCGUGCCCAUGGGUGUCCCCCAUAACGUCAUCCGAGACACUCAUUUCCGAGGCUACCUUCUGCCGAAGGGCACUGAUGUGUUUCCCCUGCUUGGCUCAGUCCUCAAAGACCCGAAAUACUUCCGUUAUCCAGAUGCCUUCUAUCCCCAACACUUCUUGGAUGAGUCUGGCCACUUCAAGAAGAAUGAAGCCUUUGUGCCUUUUUCUUCUGGAAAGCGCAUCUGCCUGGGCGAGGCCAUGGCCCGCAUGGAGCUCUUCCUCUACUUCACCUCCAUCCUUCAGAACUUCUCCCUACGCCCGCUGGUGCCACCUGCUGACAUCGAUAUCACGCCCAAAGUCACAGGCUUUGGCAACAUCCCCCCGACCUAUGAACUCUGCUUUGUGGCCCGCUGAGCGCCCCCUACCGUGUGCGGAAGGAACCGUGGGAGAACAGAGUUCUGCCCAAGUGUACAGGGACACCCACCCUAAUCUCCCUAAAUUCUCACCACACUCCUAAGAAAAGGCACUGUUACUACUGUCACGGGGCUACAGGUCAGCAAGGGUCACCCGAAAAUAUAGAGCUGCAUAUCUUCUCCAUCCUAUAGAAAAGAAACGGCCAGGCCAGGCCAACAUUUCAACAAAAGCCUGCAUAUUUUUCAUGUACUUGAUCACCUCUGGUUAGCUUUCUGUCUGUACCAAGUUCUUGUUGUAGAUUCCAUGUCUUUAUGGUGUUCCUUUGUCUUUGCCCUCAUAAUGACUAAAAUAUGGGUCACAAUCCCUUCUCCUUGAUCCUCAUAUUUAUCACCACCUCCCAAAGGCAACAAGGAAUUCAAGACUA